AUGCUUUCAUCAUCAUCAUAUCGCCAUUUGCAACCAUUCUUCCAUCCACUACACAAUGCUGGUCUUAAUACUGCCAUUCAAAACAAUGUUCAUAAUUUUAUUACGGAAAUUAUUCAUAAUGUAGAAUGCUAUUCCUAUAAUACAGUGGAGAAUCAUCAACACUACAAUUUCAUCUUAUACGGAGGCAAUGAUCAUGUGUAUUUGAGUGUUUAUAAAGUAGAUCAUAAUAGCAAGAGUGUGAGUGAUAUUUCAAAACCAAUAUUUAUGGAUGCUACACAUGGAAAAAGAAUUACACUGUUGGCUUUUGCGAAUAUGUGUGAAACCGAUUAUCGAUUGACCUUUGCUGUAGUAGAUAGUUCAAAUACUGUAUCAAUCUAUCAAUCUGAGAAGAGAGUUCACUCUGGAGCUACUUUGUCUUCAAGUUCCAUUAGAAUUAAGAAAUUAGCCAAUUUUAAUGCACAUAAAUUACAAAUUACUGGAUUGAAAUUUACGAGUAGUGGAGAUGCAAAUCGAUUACAGCUAGUGAGCGUGAGUGAAGAUCAUAAAUGCAUUCUCACCACCAUUCAAGAGAGCAACAAAUGUGUUAGCAAGACAAUAUUUGAAUCCUUUUCUGCACUUUCGUCUGUGAAUAUUCGAAGUAGAAAUUCAAAUGAGAUUGUGGUUGGUCAGCACUUUCCUGCUACAUGCUAUAUUUUAGACUUGAGAGAAAAUAGUGCAAGGUUAAAACCUUCUUUAUCUUUAAAGUAUAGUGAAACCUCAUCAGAGAAUUUUACCCUGCACGACUCGGAUGUACACCCAUCAAGAAAUGAAUUGAUUGGGUGUGGUAUUGGAACUGAUUUUUGUAUUUUUGAUUGUAGAGGCACCUCAUUACCUGUGGUGCGUACUGAGCUAGCACACUCAUCCAGUUUUUGCAAACGAUUUAAAUGGGCCUACGUUUCGAAUAAUCCAUCUCAAGAACUAUUUGCCACCACAAAUCCGUAUGACACGAUCAAGAUUUGGGAUACGACAAGUAGUAGCAGUUCAUCUCAAGGUGAUAUGACUGAUCAUGUGUUAAGUACAGGCCACAACACCUCCGCUCUGCUUUCCACUUACAAGCAGAAUCACAUCGUUGGUGGGGUCACGUGGACAUUUUCUCCAAAUUGCUUAAUCACUGGUGGAGAUAGAAAAUUACACAGCUAUUGUAUUUAG